GAAAGAUCGCUAAUUUUUACUCUCAAUAGGAAGUCGCAUUGACGUUUCCACAGUGGACGAGAAUAUGAUCCCGCCUUUUCCUGCGGCGGUGGUAUAACCUCGGAUGGACAUGAGAAUUCCGUCUUUCUGCGAUCGCUCGAUCACCUCCGAAUCUUCCCUCUGCUCUGUUCCCAACUCCAAGACUUGGAUUACUCUUUAAUCUUCUCUUCAGAUCUUAACAGCUAUAUUUCCUCAUAACCUAAGGUACUUGGCCUCAGUAAGAAUUUCAGUUUUUUCAUGGGUUUUCGGGUUCAACCAACUCUGUGGUUAUUCUAGUUACUGAGAAUUUGGAUUUAAUGGAGAUGGAUGGAAGAAGCUCGUCUGUACGUGCUGGAAUCGAGACCGAUUCAGUGCCGCUCCGGCAGGGCCGCUCGAAAAUCAUAUACCAGUUUACUCAACAAAAUCUCCCAGCUUGUAAACCUGUCCUAUCUCCUCCAUGGGUCAUUUCAACAUUUUUUGUGGUGGGAGUUAUCUUUUUUCCAAUUGGGCUUCUCUCUCUUCAUGCAUCACAAAAUGUUGUUGAAAUUGUGUAUAGAUAUGAUGUUGAAUGUGUGCCAGUACUGUACAGAAGCAACAAGCUGGCAUACAUCAAGAACAAUUUGAUACCCAAAAAUUGCUCAAAAUCCCUGAAGAUUCCCAAGCAUAUGAAAGCUCCAAUAUACAUCUACUACCAGCUUGAUAACUACUAUCAGAACCACAGACGUUAUGUCAAGAGUCGAAGUGAUCAGCAGCUCUUGCACGGUCUGAAGCACCAUGAUAUAAGUUCCUGCGCACCUGAAGAUUUUAAGCAUGGUCUCCCAGUUGUCCCCUGUGGUCUGAUUGCUUGGAGUCUGUUCAAUGACACAUACUCUUUCUUUCGUGGGAUAGAUGAAGUGAAAGUCAACAGGAAGAACAUUGCCUGGAAGAGUGAUCGUGAUCAUAAAUUUGGGAAGCAAGUUUAUCCCUUCAAUUUUCAGAAUGGAACUUUGAGUGGUGGAGCACAUCUUGACCCAAAUAUUCCUCUAAGUGAUCAAGAGGAUCUUAUUGUAUGGAUGCGUACUUCUGCUCUCCCCACUUUCCGGAAGUUAUAUGGAAGAAUUGAAGAGGAUUUAGAUGCUGAUGAUAUUAUAACAGUCAAACUUUUGAACAACUACAACACCUACAGUUUCAGUGGAAGCAAAAAGCUUGUUCUCUCAACCUCAAGUUGGUUGGGAGGCCAUAAUAAUUUCCUGGGGAUGGCCUACAUUUCUAUUGGCGCGUCCUUUAUAUUUGUUGCCUUUGUCUUCAUGUUGAUUCAUGUAAAAAAUCCAAGACCAAACGGUGAUACAACUAACUUAUCUUGUAAUUGGAAGCCCAUGUCUGGUUGAAGGUAUAAAUCCAUGAUGAUCUAUAAAAUGCCUGAAGUCCUCAUGUUCCAUUUUAUUCCUCAGAAACUUUCUUGAGAUAGCCUCUUUCAGUUGAUUCCAACAUGCAAUGGAUCUUUUUCCCUCCGACUAAAAGCUGUUGUCUGUUCAUUGUGAAUAAGGAAUCUACCAAGUCGCAUUCAAUAUCUUGUCAAGGUCUAUUUCCAGUGAAGUACUGAUUGUUACUGAAGUUGGAUCUUUCUCAGCAUGUUCUUCGCCCCUUCCACCCAUGCAACCCACCUUGAAAAAAAACAGAAGAGAAGAAAAGAAAAAGAUGAGAUAGAAGGAAGUAUGCAUCAUCAAAAUUCUGUGUUAAGACUAUUUCAAAGUCAGAAGUAUUUAGUUGCAAUGAGUUCAUCCUGUAAACAUCCUUGACCUUUUGCUUGCUGCGCUUGAAAUAUUUGUUUGUGAUUUACACAUGUUGAGGCGAUCACAAAAGACAAUACUAAACUUUUAUGUUA